AUGGCCGAUCCUUCCACAUGCCCGCCUCUAACACCCGCCUCCAUCGCGGCAGCGCACGCCAAAAUUGCGCCCUACAUCCACCGCACACCGCUCCUAACCUCCAAGACGCUCGACAAGAUCGCGUCGUCACCCAACCCACGCGCCUACCUCACCGACAACCCACCGAUAGGCAGCAAGAAUGGUGACCAAAGCAGCAACACGGUCGCCACCCCGCGCCUCCGGCUGCACUUCAAAGCCGAAAACCAGCAACGCAUCGGCGCCUUCAAAGCGCGCGGCGCCUUCCACGCCCUCAUGCGCCUCAAUGAGACGAUGGGCCUGGACGAGCUGCGGCGGCGCGGCGGCGUCAUUACGCACUCGAGCGGCAACCACGCGCAGGCGCUCGCGCUGGCGGCGCACGUGUUCGGCGUGCCCAGCUGCAUCGUCAUGCCGGGGAUCAGCACGCCGAGCAAGAUCUUGGGCACCAAGGAGUAUGCGACCGAGGUGGUGUUUAGUGGGAGUACGAGUGUGGAGCGGGUGGAGAAGGUCAAGGAGAUGCAGGCGCGGAGUAGUGGGGAGGGGGCGGUGUUGGUGCCGCCGUAUGAUCAUCCGGAUAUUGUGCUUGGGCAGGGGACGGUGGGGUUGGAGAUGGGGGAGCAGUUUGUCGAGGGGAGGGGAAAGGAUGAGGAGAAGAAGGAGUUGGAUCUUGUGGUGGCGCCGAUUGGGGGUGGUGGGUUGUUGGGCGGCAUAGCGACGUGGUUCUCGGAUAAGCCGACCAAGGUGGUGGGUGCAGAGCCUAGUUUUCAGGGGGCGGAUGAUGCACGGAGGGGGCUCGUGGAGAGGAAAAGGAUAGAGAGUGUCAAGAGUCUGACUAUUGCGGAUGGAUUGCGGACGCCGGUGGGGGUGGUAAACUGGGGCAUUGUCAGUGAUAAGGAGAAGCUGGAGGCAGUGUAUGCUGUGAGCGAAGAAGAGAUCAAGAUGGCGAUGCGUUUGGUGUGGGAGCGGAUGAAAUGUGUGGUUGAGCCGAGUGGGUGCGUGGCUUUGGCGACGGUCUUGUUCAACGAGGAGUUCAGAAAGUGGAUCGCAGAGCAGCAGAAAGAAGGAGAGUUCUGGGAUGUUGGUGUUGUCUUUAGUGGUGGAAACACAACGAUGAAAGCAGUCGCCGCGCUGUUUGGGGAGGAGAAGGAGUCAAUUCCCGAGGAGAGGGAAGAAGGUAAGGUCGGCAAGGGCGGUGAGCGAGUUGCAGAGAAUGUCGCUGGCUGA